GCCGCCAAUCAAAAACAAGACGAAGAAGAAGAAGACGAAUGGGAGGAAGAAGAAGUUGUUGUUGAUGCAGCUCUUUGUUUAGCAAUAACCUGCACAUUUGAGAUCUUUAAAAACUCCACAUCUACCGAAGAUGAGUCCACGGAAGAGUGUGUCUCUGAGAACUGCAGCAGAGAAAACCAAACGCAAGAAGAGGACAGUGCUCACUGAGGAUCAGAAACACAAAGUCAAGGAAAGUUCUGAGAUGCUUGACGCUGACAAUGGUAAAGAGACGGAUGGCCGCGAGCUGAAGGUGAGCAACCGAUCCAUAAAGUCCAAGGAACACUCUGCAGACCUCCGGGAUAAAAUUGUGGCGAGGCACAAAUCAGGUCAGGGUUAUAAAACCAUUUCUAAAGCUCUGAAUAUUCCCAGGAGCACAGUGGCUUCAAUAAUAGUGAAAUGGAAGAAGUUUGGAACCACCAGGACUCUCCCUAGAGUUGGUCGUCCACAGAAACUGAGUAAGCGGGCAAAAAGGGCCCUGGUCAGGGAGGUGACCAAGAACCCAAUGGUGACCCUAACAGAGCUCCAGAAGUCCGCUGCGGUGAUGGGAGAAUCUGUUGGAAAAGCAACCAUCUCAGCAGCUCUCCAUCGCUCGGGCUUUUAUUGUAAAGUAGUCAGAGAGAACCCACUCUGAGUUAAGGUGUACGGCAGCCUGCUGGGGACAUGUAAAGGACUCAAAGCGCAUGAAGGAAAAGAUUCUCUGAUCUCAUGAGACAAAAACUGAACUCCAAACACUAGUUCUGCUCAUCACCUCGUUACCACCCCUUACGGUGAAGGAUGGUCAUGGCAGUAUCAUGUUAUGGAGGGCGGGGGGGUUCUUCAUGAUAGGGACAGGGAGACUGGUCAGAAUGCAUGUGACUGGGGCAACAAGGGGCCUGAAGUUUAGCUCAGUUCACAGAUAGUUCCCAUCCACUCUGAUGGUGUUUGAGUGGAUCUGUUGGGAAGAAGAUAAACUGCCCAAAUCCAGGGGUGCACUGCUUUUCAAGACUGAAGACUGGAAGGUGUUACUGCUGCCAAAGGGGCUCUCCAAUAUACUGUAUUAAUGGUCUGAAUACUUUUGUAUAAAUGAAAGAUCUACGUUUUUCGUUUGUAAUAAAGUUGUAAAAAUGUCCAAA